AUGAACCUUAUUUGCAUAGAAUAUUCGACAGUAAAAUUUAAUUUAAAUUUUCAGGUAAUAAAUGCUAUCUACAAUCGAGUUUUUUCUCCUCGAAAAUGGAUGCCCAGUGUGCCUCUGCCUAAAAUUGAUCUCAAUUCCUCAACUUUGUCAAUCGGAAAUGUUACAUUAAAUUAUAUUAGAAAUGCGACACUAGAUGAAACUGUCGGAAAUGAUCAUCUUUGCCUUUUGGCAACCCAGAUGGAAUUAUUGGAGAAAGUAAGUGCAUGUGUGCAGGCAAAUUGGCUUCUUUCACUUGUUGGACCCUCACACUGUGGCAAACGCUCUAUAAUUAAAAUUCUUGCGGCAUUGAAUGGAAAGCAACUUCACACGAUGCGUCUCACUUCGGGAACGGAUGCACUUGAUUUAUUAGGAUCGUUUGAACAAAUUCAGGUAGAAUCUUCUCCGAUUUUACACAAUGAGAAUGAUGAAAAUUUGACAUUGGAUGAAUUAACAUUUCCUGAUAAUGAGUGUGGAGAACUUUGUUUUAAAUGGGUUGAAAGUAUAUUUUUGCGUGCCUUUCGUGAUGGACAUUGGUUAUUGGUUGAAGAUGCUAAUUGUUGUAAUUCAGCAGUAUUAGACUGUUUAAACUCUUGUCUUGAGAGUACAGAUGGUGAACUUCUUUUACCCAUGGAUGAUUCACAAGUGGUUCAUCGUCAUCCUGACUUUAGGCAUGUUGACUUUAGACCUUUACUUUAA